AUGACUGAAGCUGCAGCCCUUAGGGUAGAGAUUGAAGAGCUUACCCGCGCGAUAACCCGCCAAACGAAGUUAUUGAACGAGAUGCAGACAAAGCUAGAUCUCCUUCAAGAAGAACUACGCUCAAUUCCCUACCCCAUCCUCACUCUACCAACCGAAAUCAUAUCCAAAAUAUGCGUGCAUUCUCUCCCCACAACUGGAUUUUGUUUCCAAACCGAUUCGGCGCCAAUCGUGCAUACCAGAAUCAGUCGUUUAUGGCGCGCUAUUGCUAUAUCGACGCCAGCGCUAUGGACGUGGGUCAGAGCUUGGAUGCCGGAGAAGGGAUGGAAAAACAUCUUUGGAUUGUUGGAUUUAUGGUUCUCGAGGUCCGGAGACCUACCCUUGGCCGUCAAUAUUUCUGGAGACCUGGGUUGGACGAAAGCCUCGACGGCUGAUGGCUUCUUCGCAAUAUUGCAAAAAUACUCGCCUCGAAUACGGUCUCUCAAGUUGAACAUGUCUUCCGAGGAUCUGUUGCGGCUGGACACCUUCGAUUUCCAGUGGGACUCGCUCAAGACAUUCAGCUUUGGUCUGUUAUACGAGAUUACGCCAACAUUCACUCCUGUUUUCACAUUUCUCCACACCGCAGCAACGCUUCGUGACGUAGAGCUGUCCUCUAUGCUCCCAUCGAUGUUUGACGUCCCUUGGGCUAAUGUUGCGAAAUUUGACGGAGCCUUUUAUACCACUCGCGAAAGUUUGCAAGUCUUCGACCUGCUAGCAAAUGCAGAGGAUAUGGAACUAGUCAUGUAUGCUGCUCCCGAUGAUGGGAGGGAGGAGAGUCCAAACCCCGUCGUCUACGAAAAUAUUCGUCGAUUUUGCAUCACUGAUCAGGGGUCACCCAACGACCUUUCGCAUCCCCUCGAAUGCUUCACCUUCCCUCAACUAAUCACACUCGAACUCAAAGACGAGAUUGACGGGGACGCGCUAGACUUGUUUUUCCGCCGGUCCAGAUGCCCUUUACAAAAACUAGUUCUCACAAGCGGAGAAGUCCUUAGUGAUGUCUCCAUCGAUACAUUCACCCAGCUGCCCAGUCUCCUCGACUUGACGCUCUGCUCCCCGUCACAAACAUUCCUGGGGGACCUGCUCCGAGAAUACGCUGGUCAGGCAGGCUUCCUGCCUAACCUGGAAUGCCUCGCGAUCACUUGCCAAUUCCCAGACCAAAUAAGCUUGGACAUUCUGGUGGAUUAUGUAGGCCUGAAGCUCAAGCAGCGGAGAGAAUCUCUGCCGGAUGCCAAGUUACCAAAGUCACUGCGACUCGUCACGGAAACAACGGAGAGCAUGCGAUACCAGUUUUCGGAAAGGCGGCUUUCCGUCUACCGCGAGUUGAGGAGCGAAGGGGUGCAGGUUGAGAUUGUUGGCGGAGAUUUUGUCAUUUUCUGA